UCGUUUUAAUUUGUGCAGACAGGACUUGUUUCUUAUGUUGUUAACCUUGUACAUAUUUCUGUAUAUAAAUGGUGCGGACGCCGAUCGACUUCACCAAAUCUUGAGAACUCCUCAAUACCUUCCAAAAUGAUCGCUAAGGUUGUCCUUUUCUGCGCUGCCCUUGCAGCUGCUCAAGCCACCUACCUUGCCCCAGCAGCUCCACUGGGAUAUGCUAUCAAAGCCCCAGCAGCUCCUCUUCUCCAUGCCCCUCUGCUUUCCAAAACCGUCGUAGCCCCAGUUGCACCUGUAGCCCCUGUCUAUGCCAAAACCGUUGUUGCUGCCCCAGCUGCUGUCACUGUCCAGCGAGAAGUGGUCACCAAACAUGCUGCCCCAUUUGCAGUAGCUGCUCCUAUUGCCUACGCUAAGGCACCAGCCUACACCACCACCAUCACUCGCACUGUCCCAGUUGCUCCCGUCCUUAGCCACACUGGUCUCUUUGGAGCAGCCCCAUUGGCAUACGGACUCGGACUCGGUUACGGUCAUGGGCUCGGAUAUGGUCAUGGAAUCGUAGGACAUGGACUUGCUUACACCACAGGAGUUGCCAGCCACGGUCUCGCUUACAGCAGCGGACUCGCAAAGGUUGGCUACGGCAAAUACCUUUUGUAAAUUUCAUAUAAAUUAUUGUUGAAUCAUCAUUGUGAAUAAAUGCACAUAGUUUUAUA